AUCAAAGAAUCUUCCAACUUAUACUUAGAAAGUAACGGAAAUCUAACAGUCCAUAUCGAAUGGCUGGAAUCGAUUCUACUCUUCAACUCUAGUUACCACAAGUACGAUGACAUAUUCCACCUCCACUGUCACCAGAUGAAGAGAGAGAUUUCCGCAUUGCAGGCCGAAAACUACUACUUAGAGAGGCAACUGUUCAGUUACCAGAAGUCCAUCUCCCUUGCUAACUCCAGGGGUCAAGCUUCGGAGGAACUGACUAACGAAUACUACCCCGAGGGUCAUCAACCGUACUACGACAGAAGCCUGUCGGAGGGCCAAAGUUUUUCGGAAACAGAAUACGCCUGACACGAUCCUUCACGUUGUAACACCUCAACUGCACUUGCACACUGAUCCUCCAACUCCCUCCAUGAAAGAUUCUGUGAUGUAUUUUUUCGACUUGCAAACUUCUCUUUAUGCAUGAGGACCAGCCCAGAUGUAAAUUAUCUUUUCGAUGUAUUUUAACAUAUAUAUAUAUAUAUUCUAUAUACCUGCAAAUUUGACAGGAUUGGACGUCAUCUCGCGAGUGUAUUGUCGAUAUUUUUGCCUUUUAAAUGGCCCAUUUUACCCCCGAAAUAACGCUUGUCUCCAGUAAAUCCCGUGAUUUAUACGCGAAAUAUGGUGUUCUUUUUCGAACCAAAGAGGAUUUCUGCGACUAUGCUCACCCGCUGUUUCAAAUGAAAGCGUUGUAACGUUGUGAUAUAAUCGAUGUUGUUGUUUACGAAACCCGAUCGCGAUUAAUUAAAAAACAAGAAAAUGUUAUGACAAUUUAAAAAUUCUAAAGUGUUAAAAAUUGCUUUGAUGACAUUUUUUGUGGAUAAUAAAUUCGUUUUAAA